UGAAAAUUUAGUAACAUAGUUUUGUUCCAUUUCUUUGGAUUGUGAAGAAAGGAAUUUUAUUAGGUCAAAAAUUGAGAUGGAUUUGACGGCUGCUCAAACUCCGGGAGGUGCCUCCGGCGGAGCUAUGGAUUCCGGUGAUUGGCGGACUCAACUACCGUCGGGUUCUCGUGAAAGGAUUGUCAACAAGAUAACGAAGGAAUUGAAGAGGCAUAUUCCAUUCUCUGGGCAAGACGGAGAAUCGGAGCUUAUGAAAAUUGCAGUGAAGUUUGAGGAAAAGGUAUAUAAUGCUGCUACAAGUCAGGAAGAUUAUCUGAGGAAAAUAGCUAUAAAGAUGCUGACAAUGGAGAUCAAAUCAAAGGAUGAUGUCGUAGAGGAGGUGAUGGUUUAAAAGGAGCAAAACAGUGACGUUGUUGGACACAAAGAGAAUGUCAGAGUUGGGGAAAAUGAGGUA